AGUAGCUGUACUACAAGAACGCACGGCUGAUAGUACCAAACCAGUAUCUGCUUUCUUGAAAUUCUAACCUUUUAUAAGUAUCAACCCAUCUUCUCUCUCUCUCUCUUUCUCUCUCUUUCUGAGUUUAGCUUGUUUGGGAAGAGCUAUGAGAAGAUCCCAUCUCUGUUUUGCUUCUGUACUAACACUUUUGGUUACAUGUACUUUUCAAUUUCAAGCUCAUGCUGCUCCUGCAGGGCCAUUAGUUAAGCAUUUGUCUUCUCUUCUCAAAUGGACCGCCAGAUCAUCUCUCAAAAUGCCUCAAUCAGAUGAAAAUGUUCUUCAAUUUGAAGAUGGGUAUUUAGUGGAGACUGUUGUAGAAGGAAAUGAAAUUGGAGUUGUUCCUUACAAAAUCCGUGUCUCUGGGGAUGGUGAACUAUAUGCUGUUGAUGAAGUUAAUAGCAACAUUGUUAAAAUUACUCCUCCAUUGUCCCAAUACAGUAGGGCAAGAUUGGUGGCCGGUUCAUUUCAGGGUUAUACAGGACAUGUGGAUGGAAAACCAAAUGAAGCUCGUUUUAACCAUCCCAGAGGCGUAACCAUGGAUGACAAAGGGAAUGUAUAUGUUGCAGAUACCUUGAAUCUUGCCAUCAGAAAGAUCGGAGAUGCUGGUGUGACAACCAUUGCUGGUGGGAAAUCAAGUAUUGCUGGCUACAGGGAUGGACCUAGUGAGGAUGCAAAAUUCUCAACUGAUUUUGAUGUGGUAUAUGUUCAUUCUACUUGCUCUCUGCUAGUUGUUGAUAGAGGAAAUGCUGCUAUUCGGCAAAUCUCUCUCAACCAAGAAGAUUGUGAUUAUGAGUCCACUUCAGUUACUGCAUCAGAUCUUCUUAUGGUUGUUGGGGCUGUCUUGGCUGGAUACAUUACAUGUAUGCUUCAACAAGGAUUUGGACCUUCUUUUUUCUCAAGAACGCAACAAUACUCAGAAAGUGAAUUUAAAGGGUAUCCUACUAUGGAGAAACCAUCUCCUAUCACAGAGAGCAUGAAAGAGGAACCUAAGUGGCCAUCUUUUGGGCAGCUCAUUAUUGAUCUUUCUAAGCUAGCACUUGAGGCAUUGGCGAGCAUGUUCCUCUACUUAAUCCCCUCAUGGGUAAGAUCAAGUGGAUCCAAGAAAUGCCUGACACCAUUGAAAGAUUCUCUAAGGAUGCCUGAAGAUGAGAUUGAACCCCCAUCUGUCCAGAGGCAGAGUGUUCCUGUUUCUUUGUCUGAAACCCGACAGGUCCAUACUCCCAGUACGAAUGAUAAAUAUUCAGAUAUGAAGCCACCAAAGAUCAAGUCAGCCAGUUUUAAGGAUCCUUCUUUGUCGAGCAAGCACCGAUCCUCGAAACGGCAAGAAUAUGCAGAAUUCUAUGGAUCAGGUGAGAUGCCUUCGACUGGCAGGUCCAAGAGCCACAGAGAGAAAACAAGGCAUCGCCAACGAGAUAGGAGCGGAGAGGUGGUUUUUGGAGCAGCUGGGACAGAGCCAAAAGCUGCUGAGAUGAAGCCUGUGGGUUAUGAUAAUCCAAAAUUUGACCAUUACAAUAUGAAAAGCAAAUAUGGAUCUGACAAUGCCUACCAAUUUUGAUCAACUGCUACUCUUAGUUGUUGACCCAUGUCUUGUUUGGCUCUUUCUAUGCUAAUGUCUCAUAUUCAGUCUAACAUUUAAUUUACAGUUUCCUGUAUUCAAGGAUUCAUAGUUAGAAGUAGGGAUGGAGGCAGCUCAAGGUUAUUUUUGGUUGACCUGCUGCAACACAUUUAAAAUUGCAGCAGGAUGUCUGAAUGAGCACUGCUGAUUGUUCUCAAAUUGAGAUGGUGCUGUUAGCUUCCAGAAGGAAACUGAUCACCAAUCAUCUUGUUAGGAGCUUAGUUGUCAAGAAAUUCAUCUUCCAGGGACGAGUUUGAGGCUC